AUGGAAUUUAUCACGCGCAAAGUCAAGUCCCUCAGUCAAAAUGACAAUCAUCAAAUGAAUGGCUCUAGUGAAAAUUACAAAGGAAAACGGAGCGAGACCGCAAUGAGUCCAGCGCCCCCCGCCCAUCGUGACAAAACCAACGCGUUCACGGCGGGCCGGCAGUCGCAAAUUGUCGGCGGUGGAAAGUGUACGUUUGAUGUGAUGGAGCGCGAUCGUAUCGGACUGUGGGGGAGCGGCGACGGCCAGUCCGUCAGCCGGAUCUCCGGCCUCGACCGGUUGAAACAUCCCGGACUGAACAAGGGCCUGGCGUUCUCCAUUGAAGAGAGGCAGGUGUUAGGAAUUCACGGGCUGUUACCUGCUAGGGUAAAGUGUCAGGAGGAACAGGUUCAGCUGUGUAAGCUGUCCAUCGACCGGUAUGAAGACCCUCUCAACAAAUACAUCUACCUAAUGAGCUUAUUGGACCGCAAUGAGCACCUAUUUUACCGGUUCGUCGGUGAGAACGUGGCGGAUAUGUUGCCCAUAGUGUAUACUCCCACUGUUGGUCUGGCCUGCCAGAAGUAUGGGCUCGUGUACCGCCGCCCUAGAGGACUGUUCAUUACCAUCCAUGAUAAAGGACAUAUCUACGAGGUCCUCAAAAACUGGCCGGAGACGGACGUGCGAGCUAUCGUAGUGACGGACGGCGAGCGUAUACUGGGUCUUGGUGACUUGGGGGCUUGUGGUAUGGGCAUCCCGGUGGGGAAAUUGGCUCUCUACACAGCUCUGGCUGGAAUCAAACCUCACCAGUGCCUACCCAUCACACUGGAUGUCGGCACCAACAACCAAGUAAUGCUAGACGAUCCUCUAUACAUCGGGCUGCGGUCGAAGCGCGUCCGCGGUGCCGCCUACGAUGAGUUCUUGGAUGAGUUUAUGCAGGCAGUGGUACGUCGGUUCGGUCAAAACUGUCUCAUACAAUUCGAGGACUUCGCUAACGCCAACGCCUUCCGCCUGCUCGAGAAAUACCGUGGAAAGUACUGUACAUUCAACGAUGACAUCCAAGGAACCGCAUCAGUUGCAGUCGCUGGACUCCUCACAAGCUUAAGGAUCACCGGCAAGAAGCUUUCAGAUAACACCAUCGUCUUCCAAGGCGCUGGCGAGGCGUCGUUGGGUAUCGCGGAGCUGUGCGUGAUGGCAAUGAAGGCGGAAGGCACGUCUGAAGCAGAUGCACGCGGUCGCAUCUACAUGGUCGACUCCAAGGGGCUGAUCGUGAAGAACCGACCAGAAGGCGGCCUCAACGAGCACAAGGAGAAAUUCGCACACGAACAUCCGCCAGUGCGCACGCUAGAGGAAGUCGUCGACUUGGUCAAGCCUUCUGUACUCAUUGGCGCUGCGGCAAUCGGCGGUGCAUUCACUCCGUCAAUCCUCCGCAAGAUGGCGUCAUUCAACGAUCGACCUGUUAUCUUCGCCCUCUCCAACCCAACCAGCAAGGCCGAGUGCACUGCCGAGGAAGCUUACAGUAACACUGACGACCGCGCUGUAUUCGCGUCCGGCUCGCCGUUCCCCGACUACCGCGCCAAGGACGGCCGCGUGCUGCGCCCGGGGCAGGGCAACAACGCGUACAUAUUCCCCGGCCUGGCGCUCGGCAUCAUGUGUGCCGGCAUUAUAGACAUCACCGAUGACUUUAUGCUGCUCGCCGCCGAGGCGUUAUCAGAAAUCGUAACACAACAAAGUUUGGACCAAGGAAGCUUGUAUCCACCUCUCGAACAAAUACAGGAAUGCUCAGUUAAAAUAGCGAAGAAAAUCGUGGAACGCGCAUACGAUCUCGGCAAAGCAUCAGUAUACCCGCAGCCCAUAGACACAGAAAAGUUUAUCCGUGCACAAAUGUAUGACGUUAGAUAUUCAGCCGCCGUGCCACCAGUGUACUCGUGGCCUAACGACGGACCAACUGUCGAUAUGAUCUAG